AUGCCUCAUGUUAUUGAAGCAACUAUUUUGGCAGGGUGCGCAAAGGGUGAAGAUGUAUUCAUAUCACGAAUACCUUUAGCGCCUACUGAUAUGCCGUUUGAAUUCAAGCGACUUCAAUUUCCGGUUCGUCUUGCUUUCGCGAUGUCUAUUAAUAUGGCACAAGGACAAUCACUUAAAGUCGCUGGUAUCAAUCUAGAAAGUCCUUGCUUUUUUCAUGGUCAACUUUAUGUUGCCUGCUCAAGAGUGGGAACUGGGAAGAAUUUAUGUGUUUUUGCACCAGAUGCAAAGACCAAAAACAUUAUGUAUCCAACAGCUUUACAAUAA